UAAUGUAUGUAAACAUGACGUAGCAGGAAGUGGUUCAGAUUUGCUGCAGCGUGAUUGGCCGCGCCAGUCACGUGAUUGCUUCCUAUUGUCCAGCAGCAGGGCGUUACCGUCGCUGGGCUGUGUUGCCAGAUCACCCGGUUCUUGUCUGCCUUCCGACCCGGGAUGAAGAGCGUGAGUCGGGGCUCAGAACUCCGCGGACUGACCGCUGGAUAUUUGUUUGGAAAGGAGACUCUAGUGACGCAGAUGGAUGGAUGAAUGACGGAGCGGGUCGCCGAGGUCCAGCAUGUCCAAGACGAAGCCGUGCGAGGCGGUCAGGGUGGUGACCAGAUGCCGGCCCCUCAGCAGCAAGGAGGAGGCUGCGAACUCCCAAUCCAUCCUGGAGCUGGAUGACAAACUGGGCCAGAUCAGCAUCAGGAACCCCAAGGCUCCACCCGACGAGCCCGUCAAAGUCUUCACCUUCGACUCGGUCUUCGGACGGGAGUCCAGGCAGAGCGACAUCUACGACGACGCCGUGAGACCUGUCGUGGACGCCGUGCUCCGCGGCUUCAACGGCACCGUCCUGGCUUACGGCCAAACCGGGACAGGUAAGACCCACACCAUGCAAGGCGUGCCGGGGGACCCCGACAUGAGGGGCGUCAUCCCCAACUCCUUCCACCACAUCUUCACGCACAUCUCCAGGACGCAGAGGCAGAAGUACUUGGUCCGGUCCUCCUACUUGGAGAUCUACCAGGAGGAGAUCCGAGACCUCCUGCGCAAGGACAACAACCGCAAGUUGGAGCUGAAGGAGAGCCCGGACUGCGGGGUCUACGUCAAGGACUUGUCGACGGUGGUCACCAAGAACGCCGCGGAGAUCCAGCACGUCAUGAACCUGGGAGACCAGUCCCGGUCGGUGGGCUUCACCUACAUGAACGAACGCAGCUCGCGUUCCCACGCCAUCUUCGUGGUCACCGUGGAGUGCAGCCAGGAAGGGCCGGACGGCGCGGAUCACAUCCGGGUGGGGAAGCUCAACAUGGUGGACCUGGCCGGGAGCGAACGCCAAAGCAAGACCGGCGCCAAAGGCGAGCGGCUGAAGGAGGCCACCAAAAUCAACCUGUCGCUCUCCGCCCUGGGGAACGUCAUCUCGGCGCUGGCGGACGGGAAGGGCGGCCAUGUCCCCUACCGGGACUCCAAGCUCACCCGCCUGCUGCAGGACUCGCUGGGCGGCAACGCCAAGACCGUCAUGAUCGCCACCGUGGGGCCCUCGCACCGGAACCACCACGAGUCCCUGGCCACCCUCAGGUACGCCAACCGGGCCAAGAACAUCAAGAACAAGCCUCGGGUCAACGAGGACCCCGAGGCCGCCCUGCUCAGGGACUUCCAGCGGGAGAUCGCCCGCCUGAAGGCGCAGCUGGAGGAGCGGGGCACGCUGGCCCGGGAGAGGAGGAGCAGGAGGCGGGAGAGCAAGAGACUCAGCCGGGGCCUGGACGGGGACCACGCCGUCGUCUUCAGGGAGAAGGACGCCGAGGACCGCGGUGUGGAGAAGAGGAUGAGCGUGGACGACGGCCAGUGGGACCGGGAGGCGGUGGAGAAGAUCAUGGAGAAGUACACGGCCAUGGAGAGCAAACUUCUGGAGGGCGGCAAGACCAUCAUUGAUCACACCAACGAGCAGCAGAAGUUGCUGGAACAAAGGAGGCAGGAGAUUGCUGAACAGAUCCGUGGCGAGCGGGAGAUGCAGCAGCAGAUGAUGCUGCAAGACGAGGAGACCUCAGAGAUGAGGGAGACCUUCUCCUCCCUGCAGCAGGAGGUGGAGCAGAAGACCAAGAAGCUGAGGAGGCUGUACGCCAAGCUGCAGCUGGUGUGGGCGGAGACGCGUGACGUGGUGGAGGAGCACGUGACCACCAGACAAGAACUGGAACAGACCCAGAACCAGCUCACGCGGGAACUCAAGUACAAAUCUCUCCUGAUCGAAAACUUCGUCCCACCGGAGGAGAAGAAGAAGAUGGUGAGCAGACUGAGCUUCGAUGCAGAGGAGGACCAAUGGAGACUGAAGUCCGUGGUCCCCUCAGACAGUCUUCACGCGAGCACGCCCACUCGGCUGAAGAAGAGGCCUCUCUCCGCCGUGGGAUACAAGCGGCCAAUCAGCCAGUACGCGCAGGUGGCCGUUGCCACGGCAACCGGGGCCCCAUCCAGAUACCAGGCCGAGAACAUCAUGUUGCUGGAACUGGACUUGUCUACGCCCGCCUUCUUCUCCCUGAACCUCAACGGCUCUCACCUGGAGAGGGUCUUCUCCCCCAGGCUCCUGCCAGACCCCGCCAUGGACCUGGACCUGGUCGCCAUGCGAGACCGGACCCGGUCGUCAGCGCGGGUCAGGAAGUCCCAAUCCUGGUACCAAGCUCCACAAGCAGCUUGUCUUUCCCCCUCCUGGUCCUCCAGCACCCUCACCUCGUCCCCCAGUCCCCGACCAAGACCCUUCUCAGCCGUCCAUCUCCCAGCCGAGGCCUCGCCCCCCACUGAGUGGCCCCUGGGUGGCCCCCGCGUGGCCCCUGCUGCGCCUGCAGAAGCACAUCAGCAACAAAACAAAGCAGCCGCCUAGAUGAGUUUGCCUUUUUUGUCUUGUGCUGCUUCAACAAAAAGCCGAGGUCAGCAAGAAGCACAGCUUCUCUUUUCCUUUUGGGAGCGUCUAGUCCAGGUGUGUCCAAACUUUCACCCCCGAAGGUCGCACAAUGGAAAGUGAAAGCAUUUCAAAACCAGUACAUUUAUUUUUACCUUUAAGUUUGGUCAUAAAAAUGUCAAAAAUAAGUCCAAUUUAUUUUUUUAACAUUUUCUUUAACGUCUAAAUCUCUAGAUCCACUUCAGGUCUGUCCAUAUAAUUUAUUCCCCCUUUUUUUUAUUUUAUUUUUUAAUGUUUUAUGCCCUUUUCAUCCAAACCCAGCAAAAACACAAAAUGUACAUUUUUUUCCCCCUCAAAAAAAUAUUUUCAAGUGGAAUAUUUAAUGUAAAGUAAUUGGAACUAUGAAUGUCAAUAAUUCAUAACAUUGAUUUUAAUUAAUUAAUUCAUUUUUUAAACAUGAUCCAAAAAGCGCCCCACUUAAAAAAGUUUUACAAAUAAGUCAUACGUGUUUAUUUUUUUUUUUUGCAUUUUUCGUCAAAUUAAACUUAGUUCUUCUAUAUAUUUCAAAGUGAAAUAUUUGAUGUGAAAUAAUUGAAGCCAUAAAUAGGUCAAUAAUUCAUAAUUGAUUUUAAUUCAUUAUUUUUGGAGCAAGUUUUUAAAAAAAAAAUCAAAAAUGAGCCCCACUCAAAAAAGUUUAACAAGUAAUUGAUAUGUUUUUUAGUUUAUUUUAUGCAUUUUAGUUUUUUUAUGGCAAUAACACAACAUAUGCACUACUUCCUCCAUAAUAUAUUUCAAAGUGUAAUUUUGACAUGACAUAAUUGGAGCUGUGAAUAUGUCAAUAAUUCGUAACAUUGAUUUAAUUCAUUACUAGUUUUUGAGCAAAUUAAAAAAAAAAAAAAAUCUAAAAGUUUUCCAAAUAAAUUAUACAUUUUAUUUAAAUUUUUUGCAUUUUUCAUCAAAUAAAACUUAGUUCUUUUAUGACCAAAAAAUACUUCAAAAAUAUUUCAAAGUGAAAUAGGUAAUAAUAAUUCAUAACGUUGAUGUUAAUUCAUUACAAUUUUUGGGGAAAAUGAAAGAAAAAAAAUCUUUAAAGUUUUACGAAUAAGUUAUACAUUGUAUUUCUUUAUUUUUUUGCAUUUUUUGUCAAAUAAAACUUUGUUAUUUUAUGACAAAAAAAUACUUAAAUUAUUUCAAAGUGUAAUGUUUGAUGUGAAGUAAUUCAUGACACUGAUUUAAAUUCAUUAUUUUUUGAGCAAGUUUUUUAAAAUAUUUUAUUUUAUUUAUGCAUUUUUCAUCAAAUAAAACUUAGUUUUUUUUAAUGGCAAAAACACAAAAUAUGCACCAUUUCCCCCAUAAAAUAUGUUGAGGUGUCAUAAUUGACAUGAAGUCAUUAGAGCCAUGAAUAUGUCAAUAAUUCAUAACAAUAAUUAUUUUUAUUUUUUUUAGCAAGCUUUUAAAAAGUCAAUAAUGAGCCACACUCAAAAGAGUUUUACAAAUAAUUGAUAUUUUUCUUUUUUAUUUCAUGCAUGUUUAUCAAAUAAAAAAUGUUUUUUAAUGGCAAAAACACAAAAUAUGCACUAUUUCCCCCAUAAAAUAUUUCAAAGUGUAAUAUUUGACAUGAAGUAAUUGGAGCUGUGAAUAUGUCAAUAAUUCAUAACAUUGAUUUUAAUUCAUUACUAUUU